AACGUUCCCCCAGCUUCAGACAGAAGCUCGGAGAGAGAGAUAGAGAGAGAAAAUGGAGGUGGUCUCCCCGAGGUCGUCCGCGAUCGCCACGUGCGCCGCCGCCCUUCUCCUCCUCCUCGGCGCCGCGCUCCUGUGCAGCGCCGCCGAGUCGCCGCCGUACACGGUGGUCCAUCAGGAGUCGGACUUCGAGGUCCGCCUCUACCGGGAGUCCACGUGGAUGUCCGCCCCCGUCCGCGACAUCUCCUUCGAGAAGGCCACCCUCAACGGCUUCCACAGGUUGUUCCAGUUCAUUCAAGGCGCCAACUUGAACUUCUCCAGGAUCCCGAUGACGUUCCCCGUCGUGACGAGCAUCGUCCCGGAAGCCGGGCCGCUCCACUCGUGGGCCUACUCCGUCCGGUUCUACCUGCCGCCCAAGUUCCAGGCCGACCCCCCGACCCCUCUCCCCGAGCUCGACCUGAAGCCGCACGUGUGGGAGAACCACUGCGUCGCGGUCAGGAGGUUCUCCGGGUUCGCGAAGGACGAGAACAUCGUCCGGGAGGCGGAGAAGCUCGCGUCCAGCUUGAGCAGGUCGCCUUGGGCUAACAUGACCUCCUCCGAGAGUAGCUACGCCUACUCGAUCGCGCAGUAUAAUUCUCCUUUCCGUGUGAUCGGUCGCGUUAAUGAAGUCUGGGUCGAUGUCGUCGCGCCUGGAUCAAAUGGCUGUGAGUUCAGUGGAGUUGCUACAUAUUGAUGCAUGGGGAUUGACUUGUUUAGAUAAGUAUGGAUUCCUGGUCCUGCUAACUAAGGUCUAGAACUUGAAGUUUGAGUCCUUUUGUGACCCCUAUAUGUAAAUAUUCAUGGGUGUCUGAAACAUCUCCUGGUAUACUUGGAUCUUGGUGUAAAAACUCUUAUAUGUGAAUUAUACCAUCCAGUUCCACAUGACUGUUCACUCCUC